AUGAAACUGGAUAUCAAAGACAGUAAAUCUGAUGUUGGACGAAGUGCAUGUUAUAUAAUCAAGGCUAUCCUUUUAGAGUCAACUAAGGAUAACCGUAUUGUUACAAUCGGUUUAUCUGGUGGGAGUAUGCCUCACCUCCUUGCACCAUAUCUUUGCUCUUUCUCGGAAAUCAAUUGGGAACUAGUUCAUUUUUUUUAUUGUGAUGAAAGACUAGUUCCAUUAGAUAGUAAAGAUUCAAAUCAUCAUGCCUACCAAGAACUACUCUAUUCUAAAAUUAACAUUCCACCUUCAAAUAUUCAUACUGUUAAUACAGCAUUAUCAUUAGAAGAUUCAGCAGUUGAUUAUCAGAAACAGCUCUUAUCAUUCUUUGGAACAGCUAACGGUUAUCCACGUUUCGACCUACUGCUUCUUGGUAUGGGUCCAGACGGUCAUACAUGCUCUUUGUUCCCUAAUCACAAAUUGCUCUAUUAUGAAGAUUUUGUGGUAGCACCAAUUUCUGACAGUCCAAAACCACCACCACAAAGGGUUACUUUGACUGUGCCUGUAAUUAAUAAAGCAGCAAAAGUUGUGUUCAUGGUCACAGGAUCAGAUAAAGCUCAUGCAUUAAAGUCUGUUCAUCAAUCACCUAAUCCGGGUCCUUCUAUGCCGUGUUCAUUAAUUCAUCCAGUCUAUGGAGAAUUAAUAUGGAUUGUAGAUAAAGAUGCUGCUAGUUUAUUGAGUACAUAA